AUGGCCAGCAUUGCCACUGUGUUAUUUUUGGCCAGCUUCACGCAGCAGAGGCGCCGGCACGGUCGGUCUUCAAACGCACCUGUCGGGGAGUCGGACACACAUCCGCCGGCGCCCGAGGGCACAGCGUCGAUAUCGCAGCAGCUGUUUUUCUCGUGGAUGGACCCAAUGAUCUGGCUGGGAUAUAAGCGGCCAUUGGAACCCAAGGACGUCUACGACCUAAUGCCUGAAGACCGCUCGAUGCGCGUGUGUGCUAAGUGGCAGCGCGAGUCUCGAGACUAUGUGCGCAAACAUGGAAGCGAUAAGCGGGGCAUGACAUACCGCCUGUUCUGGUUCUUCCGUUAUCAGCUGGCGCUGCAGUGCGUGUGGACGCUUGUAUUCACUGUGUUUAUUUUUACUGGGCCGUUCUUGCUGAAGCGCAUCCUGGCGUACAUGGAGGAUCAGACCAUAUACACUAGAGAGCAGGCGUUCUGGUGUGUUGCAGGUCUACUGUUAGGAGGCACUAUUUCUACCGUGUGUCAGAGCCAGGCGCUGUGGAUCGGGCGUAAGAUCGGGCUCCAGAUAAAGGCCAUUGUCAUUGGCGAGGUGUACAAGAAGAGCCUGCGGCGCCGAGACGCCGCCAGCGAGGAUGAUGCCCCGGCAAAGGAUGGUGAGGGUGACGACAACAGUGUCGAAGACGCAGACAAACAGGGCGAGUCGACGUCAACGGGAAAAAUUACCAACCUCAUGGCUGUUGACGCCAACAAGAUUUCAGAGGCGUCAUCAUAUUUACAUUUCCUUUACCAGUUGCCGGCCGAGAUUGUAAUCACGGUUUUGAUGCUGUACCAGCUCCUGGGCUUGGCUUCGAUUGCCGGGCUGUGCACUCUUUUGCUUCUGGUUCCGUUCCAGUGGCGGAUCGUCAGUGUAUGGAGCAAACUUCAGACUCAGCUAAUGAAGGCCAGUGACAAGCGCAUGAGCAUGACCAACGAGAUUCUGCAGGGCGUGCGCAUCAUCAAGUUUUUCGCCUGGGAGCCACAGUUUGAAAAGCAGGUUGCUGCGAUUCGCAGUGGCGAACUCGGCGUGCUGCGCAAGCGCUACUUGUUGCUGACAGUCUCGAUUGUGAUCUUUUUUAUGGCGCCAGUUUUUAUCACACUAACCACAUUCGUCGUGUACACAAAGGUCAUGGACAAGCAGCUUACAGCGUCAAUAGCUUUUACUGCGCUGGCACUGUUCAAGACACUUCGUGGGCCGAUGGACCAGCUUCCGGACUUUUUCUCUUUCUGUCUGCAGGCCAAAGUUUCGGUUGAUCGUGUGUCCAAAUUUUUGUCCGAAGAGGAGACGUCGAAAUACGAGCUGAGCAACGCGACUGAUAUUGGCUUUAUCGAUGCGUCGUUUAGCUGGAAGUCGGCCGCAUCUGCAUCUGCAUCUGCUGAGAUUGACUUGACGAACCCAACUCUGCGCGACCUUACAGUCAGUUUCCCUGUGGGCAAGCUGAGCAUCAUUGCUGGGCCCACCGGAUGCGGCAAGACGUCUCUUCUGAUGGCGCUCCUGGGAGAGAUGCGGCUGACCGCCGGCCGGCUAAUGGUUCCAGGGGCCGCGUUCAGCGCGCGCGCGACGUUUGGCGAAAACAUGUCUAAUCCCUUUAGUUUGCAGGAGUCUGUCGCGUACGUGGCCCAGCAGGCGUGGCUGCUAAACGACACAAUCCGCGGCAACAUUACGUUUGGUCUUCCAUACGACGAGCAACGCUACCGUGAGGUUGUGCACAUGUGCGCUCUAACAAGGGACUUUGAAAUCAUUGAUGCCGGCGACAUGACAGAGGUCGGCGAGCGCGGCGUGGCGUUGUCAGGCGGCCAGAAGCAGCGCAUAUGCUUGGCUCGCGCCGUGUACUCGCCCGCGCGCCACGUCAUCAUGGACGACUGCUUGUCUGCGGUCGACGCGCACACUGCAAAACACCUGUACGACAACUGCCUGAUGGCGCCGCUUAUGUCCGAGCGCACGCGCAUUCUGGUUACGCAUGCCGUCGGCUUGGCGAUCAAGAGCGCAGCGAUGGUGGUGGUCAUGCAGGAUGGCCGCAUUGCUGCGGCGGGGACGCCGCUCGAGGUUCUGCAUAGCGGAAAACUCAGCGAGGAGACGUUACGCGAGGCCGACGAGGAGCAGCAAAACGCGGCAACGCGCGCGGAAGCUCGCAGUGCCAGUGCUAGAGUGAAGGCAAGUGCCGCGCCACAGGACGCAAACGCGCAAAAGGGAAAGCUUACGACAGACGAGGGCUGGUCCCGCGGUCAUGUACAGUGGCGGGUGUAUUUGGCCUACUUCAGAGCCAGCGGCGGUUUGGUGUUUUGGGCGAUUUUGACUGUGCUGUUCAUGCUGACGCAGGGUCUGCUGGUCGCUCAGGACUGGUGGCUGCGCGAGUGGGCUGCAUCGUACAGUAAAUCUAGCCUGACAAGCUAUCACUUUGUUGCGAGAACAGGGGCUGACCACCGCACCAUUGCUUCGCUUCCCACCCACUCUGGCAGUGUCAUUUCGGUUGAGCCACUGUCGGUGUCUUCACUCGCUUCGGGGUUGCUCAAUCGCUCUAUCCAAUUUGUUGGACUGAAGGGUGAGGAUGGCUUAGAUGGCGGCAGAGUCGAUUUGGCUUACUUUAUUGGGGUGUAUGUCGCAAUUGCACUGGCAAGCGUGUUCCUCAUCUUGGGUCGUUCGCUGCUGCAGUUCUGGGGCUCGCUCAAGGCGUCACGGACCCUGCAUGAAUCGCUGUUGCACACCGUUCUGCGCGCGCCUGUGCGGUUUUUUGACACUACGCCUGUUGGCCGCCUAAUCAACCGGUUCUCGAAGGACAUGGAGACCAUUGACCAGUCGCUGAACUCGUCGCUGGCAAUUUUCCUGACCGAAGUCAUCGCAUCCCUGGCGAUUCUCAUUGUUAUUGCGGUCAUCACGCCGGCAUUUACGUUGGGUGCUAUUGUCGUUGCUAUCAUCUACUGGAUCAUUGGUGUCUUGUACCUGGCAACAUCACGCGAGAUCAAGCGUUUCGAGAGCGUGACAAAGUCGCCGAUAUACACACAGUUUGACGAGACCAUCAAUGGUGUGUCGACUAUUCGCGCAUAUGGCCAAGAGUCGCGUUUUCGCAUGGCAAACUACACCAAGGUCGAUGACAACAACCGUCCCUUCAUUUACAUGUGGGGAGCCAAUCGCUGGCUCAGCAUUCGCGUUGACCUUGCCGGCGCUCUUGUUUCGUUUAUGGCCGGGCUACUCGCACUGACCACAACGGGCCGCAUGGACGCUGGGCUUGCUGGAUUGUCGCUUUCGUACGCGCUCAACUUUACCGAGCAUAUACUGUGGGUCGUGCGGUUCUACUCCAUCAACGAGAUGAACUUAAACUCGGUUGAGAGAGUUGUCGAGUACUUGGAUGUUGAACCCGAAGCGCCAGUCACUAUUCCCGACCGCGUGCCUCCUGUCGAGUGGCCGAGCAACGGGCGUAUUAGCGUUGAGAACCUGGAGCUCAAGUACGCCGAAAACCAGCCGCCUGUAAUUCGCGGGAUAUCGUUCGAGGUGCAGCCGCGCGAAAAGGUCGGCAUUGUUGGGCGCACGGGUGCCGGAAAGAGCACACUGACGCUGGCCAUGUUUAGAUUCAUGGAGGCCAGCGCAGGCCGAAUUAUGGUGGAUGGAAUUGACAUCUCGCAGAUCGGUGUGGGCGACCUGCGCUCACGGCUGACCAUAAUCCCGCAGGACCCUAUUUUGUUUACAGGCACUAUUCGCAGCAACCUGGAUCCGUUUAACGAGCACGGUGAUGAUGAGCUGUGGCUGGCACUGCGUCGUGCACACCUGCUCGGCGACGAGGAUGAGAUUGCGAGCAGACAAUCGCAAACUGCAGUGACACUUGGCCGCACAAUCACCGAUCUUGACAUGGCAGUCACCGAGAACGGGUCCAACUUCUCGCAGGGCCAGCGGCAGCUGAUUGCGCUGGCGCGCGCUCUGGUCAAGCGUACUCGCGUCAUUAUCCUGGACGAGGCCACUGCAUCUGUCGACUUUGACACGGACGCCCGUAUUCAGACCACCAUCCGCAAUGAAUUCACAGACUCGACGCUACUGUGCAUUGCCCACAGGCUGCGCACGAUUGUUGAUUACGACAAGGUGCUGGUGCUUGAUCAGGGCGAAAUCGUGGAGUACGAUACGCCGUACAACCUGCUGUCAAAGAGCGAGGGUCUUUUCAAGCACAUGUGUCUAAAGUCUGGCGAGUAUGACCACUUGUUCUCGGCGGCCGAGCGCAAGCAUCACAGUGGUACUAACGAGGCGAUUAUUUCUGCAUAA